AUGUAACGCAUAAACCAGUUUUAAUCAUGCACUGACAUCACCGCAAUUUUUAUUAACUCAUCUCGUUUGCGCCCGAAAUAAUAAUAACUCUAGUACGUCACCUGUUGCCUUUCCCACUGCAAAAUUCAAUUUAACAACCCGACUCAAUCUAAAUCAAACAAAAAACGUGUCGAUCCCCGGAAUGUUCUCUAUCACACCGUGCGUUUAUUUCGAGAGUUUUGCCAAGAAGAAUUUCACGGUUUAUCUUCGAACGAGAAUGAAUCGUGCGUCGACUUGGCAAUGUGACCGCACAAAAUCGGUUUAUAAAUAAAUUUCACAGAUAAACAAUAACGACUUUUCCCUAUCUUAUCGCCGAUAAAAACGGUGACUUAACUGAUUAAGGCGUAUGCGCAUUAAUUAUCGACGCACCCCGCACUCGCAGACUUUUCCAGCCGUCAACGAGACAAAACCUGAACGACCGAUCGACGAAUAAAAUUGAAACCGAAACGAACGAACCGGCAUAAAAAUAAGCUGUUGUGUUUCCAGAACGGCAGUGCGUUUGUGUUUAGUGUGUGCGACACCGGUGCCAGAUGAAGAACAAGAACAAGCUGGACGCGAAGCUGAACACGCAGCAGCUAAUCGUGUCGGAGCAGAGCAAGGCUGAGAAGCCGAUCGACAAGAAGAAGCUGGAAAAGCUGGAGAAGGAGCGGCUGAAGGCUUUGAAAAAAGGAAAAACGUUGUGUCAAGUGUGCAACAAGAAGUGUUCGGGGGAGGUGCUGAGGGUGCAGGACAAGUACUUCCACACGCAGUGCUUCAAGUGCAAGGCGUGCGGCAACUCUCUCGCCCAGGGUGGUUUCUUCUCGAAGGAUGGGGCGUACUAUUGUACUGCCGAUUACCAACGCAACUUCGGCACCAAGUGCUCAGCUUGCGGCGACUACGUCGAAGGGGAGGUGGCUACCGUUUUGGGCAAGACCUACCACCAGAAGUGUUUCACAUGCCACCGCUGCCGACAGCCGUUCCCAUCCGGCGAGAAGGCCACCCUCACCGCCAACAAGGAGGUUCUGUGCACGAAAUGCGUCCAGAUCCCCAUCAGGGACGCCACUCCCAAGACCAGUCCCACGAAUCAUAGCGCCAACGACGACCUCACCAAAUGUGCGGGAUGCAGGGACGAAUUGAAGGAGGGCCAGGCGCUGGUGGCGCUGGACCAGCAAUGGCACAUCUGGUGUUUCAAGUGCGGCUCCUGCGGCACAGUGCUCCACGGCGAGUACAUGGGCAGGGACGGCGUACCGUACUGCGAACGCGACUACCAGAAACAGUUCGGCGUCAAGUGCGCCUACUGUAAUCGGUUCAUCAGCGGAAAAGUGCUACAGGCCGGAGACAACCAUCACUUCCACCCGACGUGCGCCCGCUGCACCAAAUGUGGCGAUCCCUUCGGCGAUGGCGAAGAGAUGUACCUGCAGGGCGGCGCCAUCUGGCAUCCGCGUUGCGGUCCGGGGCCCACCGAAAAUGGCCAAAUACUAAACGGAUCCGCUGAAAACGGCAACUGCACGGACACGGAUGUGUCCGUACGCGACUUCGACCGUCAUAGCACCUCCGGUGCCAGCGAGAUGCAGUUUUCCAUGCGUUCACGUACACCUAGUUUGAACGGUUCAUUGUAUAGUCCGACAAGCAUGAUUAGAAAGCAUUAUAGUUACCGUACACCAUCGCCAGGUUUAAUAUUAAGGGAACCAAAAUCAGCCACUUUAACCGACGACAUUUCUAGGAUAUACACUUAUAGUUACCUAACAGAAGAGCCAACUCAAGGCUAUUUAAGAAGACCCAUAGACCCUUACGACAAAACUCCCGUCUCCCCUCAUUUCCACCGACCAACCUCACAAAAUUCCUUGAGGGGUAGCCAAGGAGCUGGCGGCAAAAGAUUCGGUUCAAGGUCCGCGAUGAAGAUCCUCGUCGAUUCGAUACGCAGUGAGACGCCAAGACCGAAAUCACCUCACAUGAACAACGAGGAACCGAUAGAACUAGCCCACUUCCCUGGUGCAAAACCACCUAAACCAGGAGAGGAACCGAAAAUUGAAAGAGACGACUUCCCUGCACCACCUUAUCCCUAUACUGAUCCAGAGAGGAGAAAGCGCUGGUCGGACUCUUACAAGGGCGUGUCCGCCGAUUCAGAUGAGGACGAGGUCGAUGGUAAAACCGCCAAGGAAAUUGAAGACGAGAAACUGAAACGGGAGGAGGAGGAAUUAAGCAAAAUCGCCAGCGGAAUAGGUAAAGUGUUCCUGAAGAAUGUACAAGAACGGGAGAAGGUCAAAAAAAUCAAGGCAGCUCACUUGGACCCUCGCAACGCUUCGAGGACCCCCUCUGCCAACAAAGAGCCGGCGUACAGGCUACGCUACGAUAAUCCAAUCGGCGCCAGCCCGUCAAGGAAUCUGGACCAUCAGAGGCCAUUCGACGACGAGGAAUUCGAUCGUUCCAUGAGCUGUCGUUCUUCGAUGGGUCGUUCCAUCGGCCAGAUCCCAAACUACAACGUUGUAAGUGCCCUUCGUCACGUUCCUAAGCCUGGUUAUGGUCUGGCGCCUCGUUCUCACACAUUCAGCUCAUCUGCUGGUAGUUACCCCCAAAUCCCUGGUGAUUAUUCGUUUAGCGGGAUGGGUGCUAAAACCCACAGUACCGACUUCAGUUGCGGAAAAUCCGAUAUUUCCACUGGAUCCAUCACCGAUGUUGAAAGACGUGGCCUGAACUCGGACAUGCCGGUGUCGAGCACGUACACCGGAGGUCUGGGCCGUUACCCGGGGGGCGGGUACUCGUCACAAGUGCGACGAUCCCUGCCCAACAUGGCGCACUCGAUGCUGAUCAACGAGCCGGCCAAAAUCUACCCCUAUCACCUCCUGCUGAUCACCAACUAUCGGCUGCCGGCCGACGUUGACCGAUGCAACCUAGAACGUCAUUUGUCGGACCAGGAGUUCGAGGGUAUUUUCCAAAUCGCCAGGCCGGACUUCUACAGACUGCCCGCGUGGCGCAGGAACGAGCUGAAGCGACGGGCACGUCUCUUUUAAUACCACCCACCCAUCACUGAAAAAUCACCAGGAAGCUGCUUCGCGCUUCUCCUUACGGAUUUGAUUUGUUUUUAUUCACCCAGGCGGCUUUACAUUGAACUAUUAGGCUUACGCAAAUUGAAUGAAUCAAUGUUUGUUGUAAAAUUGUUUGAUGUUCCUUGCAGAUUUUCUGUUCGUUUGUUUUUUAUUUUUUAUUUGUAACGGUUCCGUAGAAAUUCGAUUAGGAAUUUCAGUAUUUUGCGUUAGAACACCAAUGAUUUGAUUAUGGAUUUUUGCGGGACGACAUUGACUGGUAUUAAACUUUGCCAUAGUUUAAGUUUAAACAGUUUUAUGACAACAUUUAGUAUAUAUUAGAUUUCUCAAGUGUCUUUUACGAUAAGGCUUUAUUUUAAAGGUUUAUAGUUUUAAUCUGUAUGUAUGUUUUUCAUUUUAAUAAAUAUAUUUUUAUAUUGUUUUAAAAUUAGUGAGAAAACAUAGGAAAUCUAAUGAGAUUUGAAUUUUAAAUACGUACAAUUAUUGCUAUGGGAAUAAAGUAAAAAUAAUACCUACUAUUUUUAGUAUAAGAAAAAAAAUCUAUUAGAACGAUUUUACAAUCGCUUAUGGUUUUCCCAAUGAGGAAAGGUAUAACAUUGACAUCAUGCGUCUAAGUAUAUAAUAUAAUCAAAAUUAGAAUCCAGUGAAUCCCCUGAUGUCCGUUGUAAAAUCUAGGCAUUAGAUUGCUUUAAAUAGUAUAUUGCUUUGGGCUAGUCUUUUAAUAAUUUGGUACAAUUAGAGAGCUAUUAUUUAUAGAUACCGGUGUAUAUUUUUAUAUUUAUUUUUACGAUAAGAGUUGUAUUCAAUUGUGAUGAAAAUAAAAGGGAAACAACUUCAACCUGCAAUAGUGCUAUGCCAUUCUUAAUAAGCACGUCUGUUUUCAAGUAUAUGAAGAGAUUUGUUUGUAUUAUUUUAAUUUUAAUAAACGUGUACGUUUUAUAUACUUA